AGCUAACACGAUCCUGCCUCGAAGCUGACAGGGAUGGCCAGGAGCUGAGCAGUUAAGACCAGGCCCAACGGCAGGGCAAAAAUAUUUCAAACUCCCGCUGCAGCUGCCCGAACCUCCCAGUAUGCUGGAUGUCCGGCACCUCGCAUCCCACCAUGACGGAUACCUCUGCAUAUGAUGAACAGAAUCAAGGCCCGGCCCUGCUGGCGGUGAUGUGGACCCUAACGGGCCUGGCGACGGUCAUGGUCCUGGCCCGCCUGUUCAUCCGGACCAAGAUCAUCCACGCCGUGGGGCUGGACGAUUGGCUCAUUGGGAUUUCCAUGAUUCUAGGGGUUAUCAACGUGAUCCUCGCGACCGUCGCCGUUCACCAUGGAUUCGGCCGGCAUUCAUCCACCAUCGGACCUGCCGCGACCGAAAAGGCCAACCUGACUAUCGACAUUGGCUGGAUCUUUGGCAUUCUCUCGUUCGCGUUUCCUAAGCUAGGUGUGGCCGCCCUGCUCCACCGGAUUUUGAUCCCGGGGUCCCGGAUGAAGUGCGCGCUUUGGGGGCUCACGGGGCUGGUGAUGGCUGUCGCGGUGGUCAAUAUCCUGAUUUUCUUCACCUCGUGUGAUCCCCCGCGCGCUCUGUGGACGACUGUCAAGGGGUCGACGUGUCGCAGUUCCAAUGUGAUUAUUGGAUUUGCCACGUUCAAUGGAGCUUUAUCCGCAUUCACCGAUCUCUCGCUCGCCAUCUACCCAAGCGUGAUCCUCUGGAAACUGCAAAUGUCGUUGCGCAAGAAACUAGCCCUCUCUGCAGCUUUAGGUCUAGGAGCCAUUUCUGCCUGCGCGGCCAUCAUUAAAACCACCCACCUCAAAGCCCUCGCCAACGUCACCGACGCAACAUACGUAAGCUGUUCCCUCGUCCUCUGGACAAACAUCGAAGCCGAUCUCGUCGUCCUCGCCUCCUGCAUCCCCACCCUCCAACCGCUCCUUGAAUUCCUCCUCGGCAAACGCUCCUACGGGACCCCUCGAUCUUAUCCUACCUACGAAGGCGCCGGCGGAACGGGAUCCGGAACAGGGGCGUCGAAACGGCCGUCGGCAAGACGAUCCACGCAGGGUCUAUCGUUGCCGACACGCAUGGAUAGUCGGGAGGAGAUGAUCCCGGAGGCGAAGGGGAGGACGAUGUGGCAGAUUCAUCGCACGGAUCAGGUGGUGGUGGAGUAUGAGAUGGGGGGGAAUGUUAGUGCAGAGGAGGGGAGUAGGUAGGAGGGUUGCGUUUUUGCGGGUUGGGGUUUAGGGUUUGUGGGUAGUGGAAUAGAUUAGGAAACAGUGUUGAUGGGGUUAGAGUGGGUUUCUAAUAUGGAAGGAAAAGUUUUUUUCUGUCUGGGGGCGUAAACGACGUAGUUGGUGUAUAUGAUUUAGUUGACGUACUAGGAAGAUGGGACUGGAUUCGAG